CGUAAAUCUAGACGUACGAUGCUUAUGAGUUAUCUGACCUUUACGUGCAUGGAUUGAGACUUGAGAGAACUUAGAAAUUUUAAUUUUAAUGUGAAUCAUUAUCAGAUGUUUGAAAUGAUUGAAUCCAAUAAAUAAAAUAAACCAAACACAUAGAGAUAAAAAUAGGAAAGAAGAAAUGAUCAGCUGUUACGAUUUUUGAGGCGCCUGCAUCGCUCUCAACUCUCUCAAAUCUUGUUUCAAUCGCACACAGUUUCUUCAAUCGGAAACGUAUCAAAUCUGUAGUUUCGAGUGAAAACGUAGUGAAAUUGGAAGAGGAAGAAGAAGAAUCCGUCGACGGCGUUAAUCGAAGAAGAAAACAGCGGAUUCUUGUGUGAUAUGAAUGGACGUCCAACGAGACGACGCUGUUCCCAGUGACACAUGGAAGAUUCACUCCGACGAUCAUUUAGCCAUUGAAAUUCCUGAAACAGCCCAUAAGAUCAGCAGCGACUCGUGGUUUCAAGCGGGAUUUGUUCUUACGACUGGUAUCAACAGUGCUUAUGUGCUGGGGUACUCAGGUGCAGUCAUGGUUCCUCUCGGUUGGACAGGUGGAGUUGCAGGUUUAAUUUUAGCCACAAUCAUAUCACUAUACGCAAAUGUCCUAAUCGCAAGGCUCCAUGAAUUUGGCGGGAAGAGACAUAUCAGAUACAGAGACCUUGCAGGCUUUGUGUAUGGUCCAAAGGCUUAUGCUCUUACAUGGGUGUUGCAAUAUGUCAAUCUUUUCAUGAUUAAUGUGGGUUAUAUCAUGUUGGCUGGUCAGGCUGUUAAGGCUAUUUAUAUAGUUUUCAGGGAUGACAAUGCGAUUAGGCUCCCGUACUUCAUUGCCAUAGCAGGGUUGACUUGUGGCAUUUUUGCAAUUUCUAUCCCUCAUCUCUCAGCUCUAAGAAUUUGGCUUGGAUUUUCAACAUUCUUCACUCUAGUAUACAUUGUGGUUGCAGUUGCCUUGUCUCUUCGUGAUGGAAUCGAAGCUCCACCAAGGGAUUAUAGCAUUCCAGGUACAGACACUGGCAAGAUCUUUACAACCAUCGGUGCUUCUGCAAGUCUUGUCUUUGCUUUCAACACAGGAAUGCUCCCGGAAAUACAGGCGACUGUGAGACCACCUGUUGUUAGUAACAUGAUGAAGGCGCUCUACUUUCAGUUUUCUGUAGGAGUUUUGCCACUUUAUGCCGUUGUGUUCAUGGGGUAUUGGGCUUAUGGCAAUGGAGCAUCUUCCUAUCUGCUUAACAAUGUUCAUGGCCCAGUUUGGGUCAAAACAUUUGCCAACUUAUCUGCCUUUUUUCAAUCCGUUAUAGCUUUGCAUAUAUUUGCAAGUCCAAUGUACGAGUAUUUGGACACUAAAUACGGAAUAAAAGGAAGUGUGGUGGGUCUUAAAAAAUUGUGUUUCAGAAUCAUUGUUCGAGGGGGUUACAUUGGCAUUACAACCUUGGUAUCAGCAGCAUUUCCAUUUCUUGGAGACUUCAUGAGUUUAACAGGAGCGAUAAGCACUUUCCCACUUACAUUUAUUCUCGCUAAUCACAUGUAUUUAGUGGCCAAAACAAACUCACUCACUGCUUUACAAAAGUCAUGGCAUUGGGUCAAUGUUUGUUUCUUUGGUAUCAUGGCUGUUGCAGCUGCUACUGCUGCUUUUAGGCUUAUUGCUAUUCACUCCAAUACUUAUCACCUUUUUGCUGAUAUGUAA